AAAUUCUUCGCCAGAUACCCGGUAUUAUCUCCCAUUUGUCACACGUUAAGAUAUUCGAUUAAUUAUUUUUAACAGUCGGUUGUUUAUUAUUAGUAUGAGAAUUAUGGUUGGCGAUAGAAGGCGUAUGAGUGUUUUCAACAAAUUUUACUGUAUUUUCAGUUGUCGAUAGACUAGCACUUGGUCCGGGAGAAGACGGUUAUUAGUGAGUGUUAAACAUUAGCGAAUUGAACGUUAGUUGUUCUUAUUGAAAUGGAAGCGAGCACCGAGUUGAUUUUUCAGCAGGUGUAAAACACUAUGCUUUAUUCUUUUGUGCUCUUUGCAAUACGGUGUGCGCUGUGCAGCCUUCUAAGAAACCGAUUGCUUUUCUCGCCCAUGUACAAUUCAAUCAUCUUAUUGGGAAAGAGCACAAGUAAAAUAAAUGUUAAUAACUUUCCAUUGUGUGAGGGUAUUUCCAAAGUCCCACCAGCUUUAACACUGUCCAAAGCAAAUUUAUGGCAAGAUGGGUGUGCUUGUCGAAAAUCCAGAGCGCCAAAAAUAGGAGACAUUCCAAGGGUUUCAGCACUUGACGUCGACCUAAAAUCAAAAAAAAAUGACACGGCCAUACAUGCACCUAAACCACACUAUGCUGCACAGAACACGUUCAAACCCGAUAGGGAAAUAUCGACAACGAUCGAUUCCCUUAGACAAAGUCGGAUUGAUCACCCCCGAGUACUACCAGAUGUUCCCUUAUUGGUCGCCGAAGUUACCAAACAGACUCAAAGCACAGUACGCACAUCGCAUCUUGGCGAACGUUCCCGAUUGAAACCUGAUGGUGAGGUGCCGGUUGCUGAAACGUCGCCAACCGAUUAUGUGUCCUCCCGUCCCCUUUUGAAAAAAACAAGUUCUGUGAUAGAAAAUUCUGUGCCUUCCCCGAAUUGCUUAACGGACGACCUGACCAAAAUGAAAGUGAAAGCAAUUAAUUCCAACAAGCUUUUUGUUCAAUCGAGGAUCAGAUUCCCUAGCAGGCCGACCAAUUUUUCCCAACUGCCCUUAUAGCCCUUAUGGUAGCCCUACGCACUCGCCUCGGAGCAACAGAAAAAGACAACCUCCUAGGGAAUCCAGGAGGGUGUCAAUUGAAAAGCUUGGUCACUAUUUACAGCUUAAUCAGUAUAAACUUCUAGAUUCUAUUGGACAGGGUUCCUAUGGAGUGGUAAAGCUAGCUUACAACCAAGAAGACGAUACCCAUUACGCGAUGAAGAUAUUGUCGAAGAAGAAGCUUUUCAAGAAAGCAGGAAUGUUUGGAAGAAUGCCACCGCCGAAAAAAGACAGCAAGCCGAAUUCGUCGCCAGUCAAUCAUCCAUUAGAUAAAGUCUAUAGGGAGAUUGCUAUUUUGAAAAAACUGGACCAUCCUAAUAUAGUUAAAUUAGUUGAGGUGCUUGAUGACCCUGAUGAGGACCAUUUAUACUUAGCUUUCGAACUCUUAGAUCGAGGACAAGUCCUGGAGGUUCCUACAGAACAACCUCUUGACGAGGAAAAGGCUUGGAACUACUUUAGAGACGUUGUUUUAGGAAUCGAAUACUUACACUUUCAAAGAAUAAUCCACCGAGAUAUCAAACCCGCCAAUCUUCUCUUGAACGAUGAAGACAGAGUGCAAAUAACCGAUUUCGGAGUUUGCAAUGAGUUUCAUGGAACGGAUGCAUUUUUAUCCAGUACCGCUGGCACACCAGCGUUUACACCUCCGGAGGCUCUUGGUGAAGAGCGAUCUUCUGGAUUCAGCGGAAAGUGUACAGAUAUUUGGGCAAUGGGCAUUACGUUAUACGCUUUUGUAUAUGGACGCGUUCCGUUUCAUGAUGAAAACGUUAUUGGCCUGUAUUCAAAAAUUCGGCACCAACCAGUAGAAUUUCCAGAAAAUCCAGCGCUGUCUGCCGAGUUGAAAAACUUGAUUAGCAAAAUGUUAGUGAAAGACCCAUCCAAAAGAAUAACAAUAGCUGAAAUUAAGGAUGAUCCAUGGGUGACUAAGCAAGGUCGUCAUCCUCUUCCUUCCGAAGAGGAAAAUUGCCAUCUCGUUGAAGUCACUGAAGAAGACGUUGCAAGAGUGAUAACAUCAAUACCCAAGCUGGACACGCUGAUCCUCAUCAAGCACAUGCUCAAAAAACAUUCCUUCCAGAAUCCCUUCUUGUACCGAAGAGAAACCACGUUGGGAUCUUCAGAAAUUCGCAACACUUCACUAACAGGAGCGACGAAAAAACAUCUGGGGCGUUCAGGACGUUCAAAUUCGGCCCCUGAUUCCUACGAUUGGGCGCAAGGGCGACAGAAAUCGGUUGAAUCAAACCUAGAAUCCGUUAAGGAGGUUUCUAUAGAUCCCAAUGGAGAAGAGUUGAACUCUUCUUCCAAAAUAUUGCCCCGAGGCAGACCGCAAGCGAAGAAAACUGAAGCAGUUUCCAAAAAACACGGAGAAUUGUCUCGCACUUCUACCCUAUCGGUUGAAUGCUAUAAACUAACCGAAUCAGAUCAUUUUUCAAAACUUGGAGCAAAACCAGAUUCAACAACACACUCAACCAUAGACCUGAACAUUAAAGCACAAAAUGUGAAAGAGGACAUGUUUAAAUCAGUUGUUCAGUCCACAUCUCAAACGUUCAACGGGACUCAAAAUGCCGAUGAUAAAUUACAACACUGCGAUGAUCAAAGCAGUAGAUCAGAUAAUAAAGUUGGAGAAACAUCGAAUUCGAAGAAAUCACAAACAUCACAGGGGCGGUGAUAUGAUCUGUUUAGUUUUUUAGGUUUUUACUUAACGUCUCUGAGAGACUAGGAAUCUCUUUAAAUGGCUGUUAUACUUAUAUUUUCUAGUUCAAUUUAAGAUUAAUUAAUAAGCGCAUUUCAGAAUUUUAUUAGAUUUCAGUUGAAAACGGUAUAUGUAAAAGCGAAGGAUAAUUGGCAAAGUGCAGCUUUAUGAGUUGGUUUUAAAGUACCAUCUCAGAAUUUGUACGGAAAAUGGUUUUAACACAACAAUCAAAAGAAUAGGGGGACUUUGCCAAAUAAAACCGACAGCAAAGAUGAACAAGAGAAUUUAAUGCAAGAGAUAAACCUUUAGAAUGGCCUACCAAUUCGACAUCUAGAAUAUAUGUAAGAUGUGCAGCUGCUAGUUCUGCGUCGCGUUUCAUAGGCCGUGACUCAUUUAAAUAGUGCAAUUUGAAUCGCUUUUGCGUUAGAGCAGAUUGGCCAUCUUAAAGGUUUUCCAAUUGGAUUAGGUCGGUAUGACCAUUACGUACCCAAUUUUAUUUUACUUGUCUUAACAGCAACUUUUCCCAAGCAUUACACAGCCUAUUUAACCAACAAUCAAAUCGUUUUUAAAUGAUUACUCAGGCAUAAAUGCGUGGCACAGGUUUUUAGCUAUGUUUUUAUUAUAUAGCAACUACUGCAAAUCUUCAAUGGGAGUAACAUUCUAAUUCAUUUGCCAGCUAAACUCAGCUAUUGACUCCCAAACUGGUCUUGAAAAUGAUUGUUUGUGACACAGCCAAAAGCCUGUCUUGCACCAAUAAAAUUUUUGCUUCUGAAAAGUUUUCUGUACUUAUAAUAGUUACUGUUUCAGAUCUCUGUAUUAUUGGGCCAAUAUUAUAGAUAGUAUAUUUUGUAACUUAAUUUUGCCUAUUUUUUUUACUUUGUGUUGCUGAUUUUUUUCUACCAAUUAAACAGUUUUUCAUUUAUUUUAUUUUAUUUUUUUUUCACUUAGUAAUACACGGAGAAAAUGAACAAAAGACUUAAAGGCACUUCUCUAUUAUGAGGAUGUAUUUCCUGUGAGCAAAUCGAGGUGAACUAAAAAUCAACCAAAUCAUAAAUGUUUUUAGACGUUUUUAAACUUAGGAACACAGUCGGGACCACAUAGUAAAGUAGACCCAGUAGGUGCAAACUAGGGGUGCAGCUCAGUAGGUAAAAGAUUAAUCAUAAAUAUUAAUCGAACAUAUUAAAAAUGACGUAUCUUGAAAUAACACUUUAACAAAGCAAUUGAUAUUAAUUGAGUCCAAGUAAAACUUGCAGUUAGAUUGGAAAAAUAAUAGAAGUUUGAUUGUUUAACCAACACAUAAUUGGAUUUUACUGAUGUGAAAAACAUUACACAAAUCUUUAACAUCUGUUAAAUCAUACUUGGACCUUAAAUAAACUAGUAAAUUUAAAUUAUAUUUCUGUCAAACAUCGCUUUGAAAAAUAAUAUAUUCUAAUUCGCCCCACUCGUGCUUACCUAAGCUUGCGUAUUUUGCAUUUUCGAUCAACAAUCAAAAACAAAUCUAUUGCUACAUCCACUCUGCGAGUAGAAAAUUUCUUAUUGCAAGUAGAUAAAAUGCUCAACCGAAGUCAUACCCGCAAAGUGUUGUUAUACUGAACCAGCAUUUAGCUCUGAAAUUACUUUGCUUUAAAAGGCUUUUAACGGCUAAGCUUCUGCGUUGCGAAACAAAAAAAAAUACCGCCUUAGACGGGAUUCGAUUUUUUUGCUUGAAAAGUUCGUUGCAGUUGUCCGAAAAUAUACUUACCAAUCAUCAAUCAAACUUAUCAAGAAAAUCUUGCGAGAUUAACCAAGUGAAAUCAAAAGUCGUUAAUAAAAAUAAAGUCUAUUAGUGAAGAGCACCAAAAAACACGCAUGCAAGUUGUUUCUUCCUAAACACGUAUUUUAUUUUCAUUUGGGGAUGACGAAAAAAUGUACUUAUAAUCUAAGAUCUUUCUGUUUACCAUUCCAGUUUUUAGAUUAACGGAAGACAAAACUAACGGUACUUAGACGGUAGAUAGAUAAGCUGACAGAGAAAACGGCCCUAUUAACGACAAUUUAUUAAACAGACCUGAAAUUUUCAUUUUGGCUGGUUCUAGUUUUACAAAGCUUUCACUUCAUGGACAACAUUUUUAAAACAAAAUUGGCACACGAAUUAAAUGACUCCGGAAUUGCAUGCAAAGGCCGAUUAAUAUUGCAAAAAAUUCUCAUUUCUUUCAAAGUAAAGUUGAAUGAUAUCUUAUUCUAUUAUUUAAUUUCACAAACUACUAGAUAUAUCACGAUAAAAGCUGACAAUUUGAAUCAUUACUGCAUGAUGUUUAUAAAAGUUUAUAACCUUAUACGCCUCUUGCUUUCAAACAUCAUCAAAAAAUACAAGUAAAUGUAUAUGAAUAAUAUCUAACCCUUUGAUAUAUAAAAUAAUAGUAUUUUAUUUUUAUAGUGUACCUAGUUUCACAUAGUGAUUUCGUUUAUUUGUUUUCAUUAUUUUUUUUAGAUUUUACUGGUAAAAGCCCCGAUGAAGAAACCAUACCCGUAACCUUAAGAAUUAAUCGUCAUAGCUCGAUUAGAAGUAAGUACAGAAGUUUCUAAUAUUCACUAAUUCAUAUAAAAAAUCAAAAUAAUUAAGAGCUAAUACAAAUGGGAUAUGUUACAUAAAAUCACAUAUUGAAAUCCAAAUCGUAAACUAAAAUCUAUAAUACCCAAAAAAAUUAAUUCAUAAAUUGCAAUUAAUCAAACAUAAGAUAUAUUUGAUUUGAUUUCAAUAGCCGUUAAAAUCAGCCCCUUAAUACCUUUUUAAUAUGGCUGCUUUAUUUGAAAACCGUUAUCGGAAUCAAGAAAAUGUUUUUAGAUAAGUGCAGUGUUUAGUUAGUAGGUAUUUGUUCGAAGUACAUUAACGAUAAGGCCAGGUAAACCUCGACCAGAAUUAGCUAAAAGUGCUUUUUCACUGGCGCCGUUUACACAAAACGCUUCAUUGAAUUAAUGCCCUUAAUUUUAGACUAGGUUUAUUUGGUUUAUAUUCUCUUAGCUUCUAUAAAUUAUCGACCAUCCUAUAUCAUAGAAUAAAAUGGCAUUUAAUGCACAACUUAUAUAAAUUUUACUAUUUAUUGCACCUAAAAAUAUGUAUACAGUGAUUGUUUAUUGCAUAACGAUUCAAGCAAGUUUUCAUAUUUAUCUGUGAUAAGCAAAAACGUAAAAUUGUAAUGCUAAUGUAUAUUAGAUAAUAUGUCGGCUUCCAGUUGAGCGUACUUAUUAUGUAAUGUUAGCGAGAAGCACAAGAAAAAUUAAUCAAACAAGGAAAUGCUAAGCACACUUAUCAUUGUUGGUACAUUUCUUCUCUUAAACUCUGAAACUUUUUGAAUUAAUACUCAAUUAAAUAAAGAUGUUUAGGUAUUUAUGGAGACUCCUGGAAGUAGAAUCACUACUGAUAAAAGGAGGCAAAUUGCCCGUACUUUCAAAUCCGGCACACGUUUAUUAAACAAGAGAAGAUACAAGAGCAUUAUCUGAAUCGUGAUAAAUACAGACAUUUUCUUUAAAUGCAAAUAGGAUUAAUAGCUCUGGAUUAUUACCAAGGCUUAUUAUUACUUCCAAUGCUCAACGUUUAGUUACUGAGUCUUAAUUAAACGAGUUUUAUUAAAUGUGAGAGCAAAAGGUAAUUGACAAGUCUUCAAUUUCUUCCAUUGCAUUGCAAUAAAGAAUAGUAAAGCA